UCUACUACCGGGUAGUAGAUCUUGUAUUUCGUGAUCCUCUCGGGGAAUCACACUGUGUGAUUGCUUGGGCCAAGCCGCCUACAGCAUCCUAGCACAGGCCGAGCAGCCCUGAGUGCCGCUGGCUGGGAUGGAGGGGGCAUGGGGCGUGGGUGGGAGGGGGGGUGGAGAAGGGGGGUCCAGGGACGUGGAUCAGCAUGAUAUAAUGUCAUCUCUCACUCCCACAUUCUUAGCAUUAGACGCUCGCCGCCGCUCGUUCCUAGCGCUCCAACCAGCCCAAGGCUGGUUUCUAUCUGUGGCCCGGUGUUCUAGAAGCAGUUCCAGGUGUGAGGCAACGCCGACGGCAACAACGGCCAACAUCAGAGGCUCGAGUUAGCCGGGGCUCCAGAUUCCCGGAACAAGAUCAGGCCAGGUGUCUGGGAGGAGUUCUGACUAAUUCGGGAGGAUUCCUGCCUGAUUUGGGAGUUCUGCCUGAUUUGGGAGGAGUUCUGCCUGAUUUGGGAGGAGUUCUGUCUGAUUUGGGAGGAGUUCUGUCUGAUUUGGGAAGAGUUCUGUCUGAUUUGGGAGGAGUUCUGCCUGAUUCGGGAGGAGUUCUGCCUGAUUUGGGAGGAGUUCUGCCUGAUUUGGGAGGAGUUCUGCCUGAUUUGGGAGGAGUUCUGCCUGAUUUGGGAGGAGUUCUGCCUGAUUUGGGAGGAGUUCUGCCUGAUUUGGGAGGAGUUCUGCCUGAUUUGGGAGGAGUUCUGCCUGAUUUGGGAGGAGUUCUGCCUGAUUUGGGAGGAGUUCUGCCUGAUUUGGGAGGAGUGCUGCCUGAAUUGGGAGGAGUUCCGUCUGAUUUGGGAGGAGUUCCGUCUGAUUUGGGAGGAGUUCCUUCUGUUUUGGGAGGAGUUCUGCCUGAUUUGGGAGGAGUUCUGUCCGAGUCAAGAGUUUUGUUUGAGUCAAGAGGACUUCUGUCUGAAGAACGAGCCUGGGCGUGCAGCCACCAAAGCCAACACCACAGAGUCCGCCUGAGGAGUCCUUCGCCUGACAGGGUCCUGUCACCCGCCCCUAUAACCCAGAGGGGGAGACACCUGCCAGGAGGUCUAUAGGGGCUUGCUGGGUUUGAGUUGAAACCGUCUCCUUCGAUACAAUCAUCGCGAAAAUAUACAUAUCCGAGCCCUAUCCCGCGGGCCUAUCACAGCUGACUCACGGGCCUAUCACAGCUGAGCUCACGGGCCAAUCACAGAGCUCGGUGCCCAUAAUCAGAGAUCCCGUGCCACGUUGCCGCACAUUGUUGAGGUGAUCCGGACCGGACGUCUGAGCUCUAUCAUCGUCUAAGGAAUCCCCUAGUGCCAUUCAGACAAAUGGAGGCGGCACUGCUGGCGCCUCGCAGCCAGUGGGCCAGGCAGCUAGUGGCGGCACACUGGGUUCCCGCAGGGGAUUGCAGACGCAAGUCCAGCGACACAAACUCCCACUGGGAGACCGCACGGGUGAAGAAACGCGGCCGCUGCAAGGACAAUUGUGAUUGCAGUUCUCGUGAUGCUGGUGCUGCUGUUGCUGCUGUUGCUUCUGCUAAUGCUGUUGAUGCUACUGCUGAUGUUGCUGGUGCUGCUGCCAACCAUGGCUGUCGAGGGCGUGGGCUUAAGAGCCCUAGAGUUCAUGCAGCAAUGUCGGCACCUUCCACUCUAGAAAUGAGUUCACAGCGCACUGCAGGCAGGCCGGCAAGGGGAACCUUGGGGCACCUCAGCUCUAGUGCACCGGAACCCAAGGGAGGGAUGGUGGAGAAUCGAAUCGGGGAGGUUUGGAACAGGUCGCAGAGUCAUGCAGCUGCUGGUUCUCCAGGCCCAGCAGCAGCUGCUGCUGCUGUUGCUGCUGCUGCUGCUGCGGCGAAUCAAGCUACUAUUGAUGCAGCUCCAGGCUUAACAGCUCUUGCGGAUGCAGCUGCUGCCGCUUCUGCUCCCGCCGCCACUUCUGCCGCUGCUUCUUCUUCUGCUGCUGCUGCUGCUACUUCUGAUGCUGACAGUGGCUGCUUCAGCGCGCGGCCAAUCUGGGCAGCUUACUUCCGAGCCAAGCAGCUGCAAGGGCUGCAGAUCUUCCCAGGUAAGCCGCUAGAACGCUUCUCUGAGGUGAACAGCAGCAGCGCAACGACAGACACUGCCGAGCCAGCAGAGGAUCUGCUGCCCAUGCAGCAGCCGACCAGCAGCAGCGCAAACGACAUGGCCACCAUGGCCACAGACACGGUGGCUGAGCCGGCAGAAGCUCUGCAGUCCUUGCAGCAAUGCUUCACAGCCCUUGCAGCGCCGAGCAGCAGCAGCAGCGUAGAACUUAAAUGCACUCCGGACACAGACAUGGACGAGCCAUUAGGAGCUGCUGCAUCCUCACAUCCUGGUGACGACAGCACCACGUGCCCUUGCGAAGGCAACAGCACUACAUGUCCUUGUGAGGGCAGCACGCCUGCCACUCGAUCCAUCCCUGACUUGAACCUGCCUGCCUGUGAGGCCGGUGAGCUGAUGCUGCACGCUCCGCCGGUCCAAGCCACCCUUGGCGUUCAUUCCACGGGUCUGGAGCCAUCAGGCUUUGACCAUGUAACCCCAGGAGUGGAGAGCUAUGAAAUCUCAGGCGCUUGCUCGAGGAUGGUGCAGUGUUCUAGUCCCCAUCAGCAGCAUCAGCAGCAGCAGCAGCUGCAGCAGAGGCAUCAGCACAAACAUGAACGACAGCAGCACCAGCAGCAUCAGACACAUCAGCAUGAGCACGGGCCCAAGCAACAGCAGCAUCAGCAGCAACAGCAUCAGCAGAAACAGCACCAUCAGUGGCACCAGCACCAGCACCAGCACCAGCACCAGCACCAGCACCAGCACCAGCACCAGCACCAGCACCAGUCCCAGCACCAAGUGCAGCAGCCAGUUCAAGAGGAAAACCACACGUUGGGACCAUCUGCAGGCCUGCAAGAUUCAAAUCAACAAGAAGCGAACAGGACAUCAGAUGCCCGCAAGCCUUUUCACCCAGUAGAUUUUUCACCCCAAUACUGCAAAACGGUUACAGAACUCUGGCCGGCUGCGUUUGUAGCACGCCCGCAUCAACUCAUAAAGAUGAGAUCUUGCAAUGUGAAUGGCACUCAGGGCACCGAAGGGUCUGGGUCUGGGAAUGGCAGCAGCGGGUGAAUUCACGUGCUGUGACGGUACAGGUAACAAUGAAGAUAGUGAGGCGGAUAGAUCAUGCACGGGUGGCUACUUUCACGUGGACAUGAAUGCAGGGAUCUAAAUUGGUUUUAGGCCACUCCUAGAAAUCAGGGUGCCUGAAAAAAUCACCCUGCAUGCUAAGGUAAAUAAAAGUCUUAGUAAGUAAGAGCAGAGUAAAAAUUUCCCUGCACU